CUAGGCCCUGAGCGAGGCGGCGUUAGGGUGGUGGUUACGCUCUGCCCUUUUCCUUCUCCCACUGCUGGGCUGGCUGAAAAGCGGGCCUGUCGAGUUGUGCAUCCUCAGUCUUCACCGCCCAGCGUCGUCGGGGCUUUGGGAGAAGGUCGGGGCGUGGCGGGGGGUGAAGACUCUCCUUUGGGCGGGCCCAGCGGCCUGCCUGCCUCCCGCUCGGCCCGGCCCCGGCCAGUUGGAGGCCGGUUGCUGGCCACGGGCGGGCCCCUUCCCCCCGCCCCCCCCCGGCCGAGUGCCCACUGAGGGGCGCUGCCUGUCCAGCCCUAGCCCUGGCUCCAGACGGAGGCUCUUUGUCACGGCAACGCCUGGCAGCCUGCAGUCUUCUGGACUUGUUUUUGUGGGGCUCCUGGCCGUGUCCUUUCUCGGUGCUGUAGUUCCGGAGCGCCGGGAAGAACCGGACGGCUCGGUCUCUGCCAUCAUUUAGCAGUCUGCUACCUUACCGUAAAUACUGGGUCGAGAUACGGUUUUCAAUAUGCUGUGCGGGGCUGGGUUCAGCGACUCACCUGUAUAGGUGUCUUCACCCCGUUUCCUUAUCUGUAAGAUCAAAUGAUGCUGUUUGGAAAAAUUUCCCAGCAGUUAUGUGGCUUAAAGAAACUCCCAUGGUCAUGUGACUGCAGAAACUUCUGGGGCUGGUUGAAUGCAGUGUUUAAUAAAGUGGAUUAUGAACGCAUCAAGGAUGUGGGACCCGAUAGGGCAGCAUCUGAGUGGCUGCUGCGCUGUGGGGCCACGGUGCGCUACCAUGGCCAGGAGAGGUGGCAGAAGGACUACAACCACCUCCCAACCGGACCUCUGGACAAAUACAAGAUUCAGGCGAUUGAUGCCACCGACUCUUGUAUCAUGAGAAUUGGAUUUGAUCACCUGGAGGGCCUACAGCAUGUUGAAAAAAUAAGACUAUGCAAGUGUCAUUAUAUUGAGGAUGACUGUUUGGAGAGACUUGGUAAACUUGAAAAUUUACAAAAAAGCAUAUUGGAAAUGGAGAUAAUUUCAUGUGGGAAUAUCACAGACAGAGGCAUCAUUGCUUUAUAUCACUUAAGAAACCUCAAGUACUUGUUGUUAAGUGAUCUUCCUGGAGUAAGAGAAAAAGAAAACCUUAUCCGAACCUUUAAGACAGCACUGCCUUCUCUGGAACUAAAGUUAGACUUGAAGUAAAAUAAUAAUAUUUGAUAGGUGUCUUAUUUCAAUAUAAAGUAUCAUUUGAAAUUGUUGACCCUAAACAGCAAUAAAUAUUAUAUAAUCAUCAA